AUGGAAGAGGGUAACCCACCAGCAGCAUGGCCCAAGUUAGGAGAUUAUGGGCUAGCAAAUCACCGUGGUCGCCUAACUCACGUGUUCCAACCUGCUAAUCCUGUUGCUUUUGACAUCAAAGCAUCAGAAUUAGAGCUUAAGUUUCUAGAGAAGUAUUUCCCUAUGUCCAAGUACUCUGACAAGAAGCAAGAAAUAGCAGGCUUUCGGCAAGGUGAAGGUGAAUCACUUUAUGAUGCUUGGGAAAGGUUCAAUUUGCUACUGAAGAGAUGUCCAGGCCAUGAGUUUUCUGAAAAACAGUAUCUCCAAUUCUUCACUGAAGGGUUAACUCAUAGCAACAUAAUGUUUCUAGAUGCCUCAGCUGGAGGUAGCCUAAGGGUAAAAACUGAUCACGAAGUUCAAACUCUGAUUGAAAACAUGGCCAGCAAUGAGUACCGUGCUGAAGCGAAAAAGAAAGAAAGAGGUGUUUUUGGGGUAAGUGUCACUACUUCCAUACUAGCUAACCAAGCAGCUAUGAAUAAGCAAAUCGAAACUCUAACCAAGGAGGUACAUGCUUAUCAAUUAUCCAACAAACAACUAGCAGCUGCAAUACGGUGUGAUUUGUGUGGUGAGGGCCAUCCUAAUGGUGAGUGUGUACUAGAGGGAGCUAGUGAAGAAGCCAACUAUGUGAACUAUCAAAGGCAAAACCCUUACUCCAUGAACAAGCACCCUAACUUGAGUUACUCCAACAACAAUACCUUAAAUCCUUUGUUGCCUAAUCCUCAACAACAACAACAACCGAGGAAGCCUUCAGGUCUUGAGGAAACAAUGAUGAAUUUCAUGAAAAUGACUCAAAGUAACUUUGAAGAAAUGAAGAAGAGUCAAGACCUUGAAAGGAAGAACAAUGAAGCCUCAAGGAAAAUGCUUGAAACACAAUUUGGGCAAUUAGCUAAGCAGUUGUCUGAACAGAACAAAGGGGGAUUCUCAGGUAAUACUAAGGAGAACCCUAAAUAUGAGACUUGCAAUGCUAUUGAGUUGAGGAGCAAAAAGGUUUUGACACCUUUAGCUCCUAAAGUUCCUAAGAAGGUUGAUGAAAGGGUUGUAGAGGUAGAUGAAGAUGAUGAAGUUGAGGAAGUGGUCGAAAAAGAGAGUGAUCAAGGUGUAGUUGAAAAAGAGAGUGAUCAAGGUGUAGUUGAAAAUGAAAAGAAGAAAAAAAUAGAGGGAGAAAAAAGUGAGAAGUUCAUAGAUGAAGACUCGAUAUUGAGAAAUGAAGCCAAAAAGAAGAAGAAGGAGGAAGGACAAUUCAAGAAAUUAAUGCAACUCUUCUCACAACUUCAAGUGAAUAUUCCUUUUGGUGAACCUCUCGAGCAAAUGCCAAUUUAUGCUAAAUUCAUGAAAGAAAUGUUAACAGGGAGAAGAAAGCCAAAAGAUGAUGAGAACAUCUCACUUUCCGAGAAUUGUAGUGCUAUUCUCCAAAGGAAACUUCCUCCUAUGCUUAAAGAUCCUGGUGCUUUUACUAUACCUUGCUCCGUUGGGCCGGUAGACAUUGGAAGAGCUUGA